AACCGCAAGAAAAUGUUGUCUGCUAGCUGUAGAUUAUGUAAUUUAUUAUAAUAAGUAUCCCUGUAUAUUUUUUCUUCCCUGAUUCUGUCCCCGCUUACUUUAUUGAAAAACAAAACAGAGUGGAAAAGAGAUGAAACUGCUGCAGAAGGAAAAUAUACAUGUCUAAUAGAAAUCGUUAUGAAUGAAAGUGAAAUAAAAGCAAAAAUCUUAGAGCCAAGUAAAAGAAUUAGAAAACUGGUAGAUUUCAAAGUAAUAGCUCUUCCUGUACUCACAACAUCAGAUCAGUAACAAAGUGAUUUACAGAUGAUUUGCUAGUUGCGUACCGUGCCUAUAAUGUAAAAAUUUCAAAGUGAGAAUUCAUCUUUAUUGCAGAUUAGUAUAACUGCAGCAAGCUAUCACUCAUAUGCUUCAUAAAUUCACGUUGCCAUCAAGUACAGUGAAAUAGUUAAAAUUUAUCUUUUCAAAAUAUAUUCAGUCUGUUAAAAAGUGAAUAACUGAUAGUUCUUAUGCAAACAUAAAGUAUGUACCAUCAUAUACCUGUACAGUUGUUGAAGAAUUUCCAUCAUAAAUCAGAAUUCAUUGGAAGGUACCUUCAAAGAUACAGUCAAUGUAAAUACAUUUUAAUGUCAUCUGUAUCUCACAAUAUCCAUAAUAAACAUUUGUUGCAAAAUGUUGAAAAUAUUCAAGUUUCAAAAUACUUGCAGCCUUUUAUUAAUUGUCCUCUGAAUGAAAUUCUAGCAACUGUAAAUAAUAAAAAGUCAGUAUCUGUACAUGAAUCAGUUGCUCUACUAAAAGCAUUAAGAAUGCAUGUAUUUUUCAAAGGCAUAGAUGCUGAUAGUUUUAAGUAUGACAGUAGAUUCCAAAAUUUGUGUGAAAUAUUUGGCAAGACCUGUAAUACAUUAGAGCCAAACCUUUUAAUAUCAGGUUUGCGUAGUUUGCUAGAAGUAGGUGUUCCACCAGAUGCUGCAUAUGUUAUUUCAGCUGAGAAAACCAUUAUGCAAAAUUUAUCUCAUUUUAGUAUAUCUAACUUAAUUUUAUGCUUAUAUUUCCAUCAUAAAUUUCAAGUAACUGAAUUACAGAAGGAAGUGUGCCUGUCUUUAAAACAAGAAACUCAAAACAGAAUUUCUGAAAUAGCUUCAGCUGCAGAUGUUUUAAUGUUAGUUCACAUUUUUUAUAUUUUUGAUAAAUCCUUACAAAAAGAUCUAGCACAAAAAAUCAUAGAACUUCUUCCUCUAUUAAAUAUUCAUGAAUUGUGCAAAAUAUUACGAACAUUAUCUGAAACAUCAAACAGAAAUAUAAGUAUUCUGAAUGCUGUAUCACUUCAUUUGCUACAAAAGACUGAGAUACCAGAUAUAAAAGAAGCAAUUGAUAUAUUUUAUGCUUUUAAAAAAUUGAACUAUUAUGAUCCAAAGGUUCUUCAAUAUUUAUUUAAUAAUAUCAUGCCUAGCAUUUCAUCAGUUGAACAGCCAUCAUUAAUAUCUGGUCUUUUAGUUACUUGUGGACAUCUGAGAUGGAAGCAUCCAGGAAUUUUAGAUGCAUGUGGAGAAUGGAUUGUGAAUCAUCCUGAUUCUUGCAGAUCUCGGGAAUAUGUGGCCUACAUUUUAUCAGCAGCCAUGUUGAAUUAUUCAACUGAGAAUACUGAAAAGACUUUAAAUCAUAUUUUGCCUCGUUUGAAACCAAGUUCUGUAUCACUAGAUAUUUGGCUGGAUGUGGUAUGGUCAUUAGCAAUUCUCAACAAAGCAGAAAAGAAAAUUUUACAAGAGACUCUUUCUAGGGAUUUCUACAAACCUUUAAUUGAUGAUUCAAAUCUUCGAGUCUUAAGCAACAAACUGAAACUUAUGAAUUUGAAAGCAGUUUUGAAAAUCUAUCAUCCAGAAUGCAUAUUUGGCUGUGAUUUGUUCUUGGAACCUUUAAAGAUUUCUGAAAGUUCUGAAAUUGAGAAGGGUAGAAAACAGGUUUUAGAUAUUCUAAGCAUCUUUAUAUCUAAAGACAAAAUAUGUACAAACCAAAGUACAGAAAUGGGCAUUUUUAUAGAUGCAGAAUUUAUAAUGGAUAAAAAUAAAAAACUGUUCUCACUAUCAGAUUAUGGAGUGCUGUCUAAGGAGACUAACAUUACAAAACCUCUUCCUGAAGGCUCUAAAAGGAUAUCACUACUUGUUAUGUUCCACAAAGACUUCACUCUGAAUGAAACAUCUUUAACGGGAAUUAAUGAUUUAGCUGUCAGAAUAUUAUCUGCAUCUGGAUACACCCCAGUUCUGGUUCCAUAUGAUGAAUUUUUGAGAAAUAAAACAGAAGUGAAAAAAGCAAAAUAUUUACUGCACAAAAUAACAGAAGCUGUUACAGAAAGUUAGUAAAUUAGAACAUAAUAAAAAAUAAUAUUGAAAUUAUU